GGAACGAUAAUACAAUAAUAAUUUAAGCAAGUAAUUUGCAUACUUAUAAGUUAUGAUUUUUGCAUUUCCUGUAUUGGCGGACACGAAAACUAUAUAUGAUAGUGUGUUAAUGAAAAGCAUACUCCUCCUUCCCGGUGCGAUUCAGGGUGUAACAAGCGUUCUUAUUGGUCAUCCUCUUGAUACCGUCAAAACGCGGAUGCAAGCGAGGGGUCCCUGUGUUAGUGCUUCCACCUUUACAACGAUUCUAGGGAUCGUAUCCCAUGAGGGGUGGCGCAGCUUGUACCGAGGAGUCACACCGCCGUUGAUCAUUAUGGCUACAAAGCGGAGCAUCCAAUUCGCACUGUGGGAUGCUCUCUGUAGAAAUCCCUUUGACAAAGGUUCGUCUUCGCCAUCCCAAUCCUACCUUACUCAUUUAUCGUGGUGUACAAACAACUCAUUCGUGUCUGGUGCGAUCGCCGGCGGCGCUGGUACCGUAAUUGGAUGCCCACUGCACGUGGUCAAGAUACAGACGCAAAAUGUAACCAGAUCUCACAGUCGUAAUUCAAUGACUUCUGCUCGUCAAAUCAUUGCCUUGGAGGGGCUUAGGGGCUUCUAUCGCGGUUUCAGGUAUCAUUUGCUCAAGGAUGUAUGCUUCGCAGGGACUUUCCUUGGAUUGUACGACACGUUUAAGCGGCUCUGGCUUCGCUUCUGCAACAAUAGUUUCGCUGCAUUUGUACCUGGGGCGACUGCAGCCAUGAUAACCUGGACUUUGCUGUAUCCGAUUGAUACCGUCAAGACUCUCAUCCAGGCACGUCAAGAGCACCUCUUGUCCGAGCUAUUUACCGACACUAGAAGGCUUUAUCGUGGUCUUGGUGCCACAUUGAUAAAAGUGGGUCCGAUUCUUGGUGUCACAAUGGUCGUUUAUGAUGUAGUAAAGCGCCAAACGGAUGCAUGGGUCAGGUUUUACUCGAAGGGGACUCUUUCCUCAUGAAACCCAUUCAUUGCAAUUGUAUGCCAUAUGAAAGUCAAAGUUGCGUAAGUGGUGUGUCUACAACUCUAAUCCCAUUUACAUGAUAAUUUCAUUCAUCUUAUCUAAUUUUCUUCACAUUUGUAAGAUUAUACAAGAUGGUCGUAUUGAGAGAAGGGAUACCUCAGGAAAUUUGAACACGCUACAUUCCAAAGUGAAGUCAUUUUACUAUCCAAAUCGACGUAAUUUCUCAAUUUUCUUUACAUAUGCUUAUAACCCCUCUUCGCAUCGUGUGCUAGUUGAUGAUUUGACAUUACUCAAAAUUUAUUAACGAUCUCCUGAAAAUUGAUUUGUUAUGAAAUAACCCUCCCAAACUUGGAGGGAUAGGGUAAGCUUGUUGUUCUAUGGCACUUUUAUGUGUGUCUGUGCGUGGAAGAGGAGGGAGGAGCGCAUUGAUUGCAACGGAAAUAACGAAAAA